AGAGUCCUCUUCUCACGGCUUUCCCUCCUCCCCAGUAAGAAGGUCUGGGAGGGGAAAUACAGCCGUAAAGCUUUUCCCAUAGUCGUGAAAUGUAGUCUUCCCUGUAUCCGUGGCCUAGUUCCGGUCUUGGCAGGCUGGGCGGGGAGAGGUGUCGCCUAGCAGCCGGCGCCGCUUCGGCACGAUCGGGAAGAGUUGGCGGGAGCAGCCUGAGUGCGCGAGGACCGCUCUGGGAAGCGAGAGGCCGGGGCGGUGGCCGAACCCGGAGGUGGUCGCUGUAGAUGAGUGACCGCUGCUGGUUGCAGGUCUUGGUUUAGGGGCUGAGAGACAGUGAAAGAAUUCAAGAUGCCACCUAAUAUAAAAUGGAAAGAAUUAAUCAAAGUUGACCCAGAUGACCUCCCACGCCAAGAAGAGUUGGCAGAUAAAUUAUUGAUAUCCUUAUCCAAGGUGGAAGUAAAUGAACUAAAAAAUGAAGAUCAAGAAAACGUGAUACAUCUAUUCAGAAUUACUCAGUCACUAAUGAAGAUGAAAGCUCAGGAAGUAGAGCUAGCCUUGGAAGAAGUUGAAAAGGCUGGAGAAGAACAGGCCAAAUUUGAAAAUCAAUUAAAGACAAAAGUAAUGAAACUGGAAAAUGAACUGGAGAUGGCUCAGCAGUCUGCAGGUGGACGUGACACUCGCUUUUUACGUGAUGAAAUUCGCCAACUUGAGAAGCAGUUGGAACAAAAAGAUAGAGAGUUAGAGGAUAUGGAAAAAGAAUUGGAUAAAGAGAAGAAGGUUAAUGAACAAUUGGCUCUUCGAAACGAGGAGGCAGAAAAUGAAAACAGCAAAUUAAGAAGAGAGAAUGAACAGCUUCGUCAGGACAUUGUUGACUACCAGAAACAAAUAGAUUCACAGAAAGAAUCACUUCUAUCAAGGAGAGGCGAAGACAGUGAUUACCGAUCACAGUUGUCUAAAAAGAACUAUGAACUUGUUCAAUAUCUGGACGAAAUACAGACCUUAACAGAAGCUAAUGAGAAAAUUGAAGUUCAAAACCAAGAAAUGAGGAAAAACCUAGAAGAGUCUGUACAGGAAAUGGAGAAGAUGACUGAUGAGUAUAACAGGAUGAAAGCUCUUGUGCAUCAAACAGAUACUGUUAUGGACCAGAUUAAAAAAGAGAAUGAACACUAUCGCCUUCAAGUGCGAGAGCUCACAGAUCUUCUGAAAGCAAAGGACGAAGAGGAUGAUCCAGUCAUGAUGGCUGUCAAUGCAAAAGUAGAAGAAUGGAAGUUAAUUUUAUCUUCUAAAGAUGAUGAAAUCAUUGAAUAUCAGCAAAUGUUACAGAGUUUGAGAGGGAAACUUAAAAAUGCCCAACUUGAUGCUGACAAAAGUAACAUUAUGGCUCUGAAGCAGGGUAUCCAGGAGAGAGACAGUCAAAUUAAGAUGCUUACUGAACAAGUAGAACAGUAUACAAAAGAAAUGGAAAAAAAUACUUUUAUUAUUGAAGAUUUGAGAAAUGAGCUCCAAAAAGACAAAGGUACUUCAAACAUUUAUCAGCAAACUCAUUAUAUGAAAAUUCACUCAAAAGUACAAAUUUUAGAAGAGAAAACAAAAGAGGCUGAGAGAACAGCUGAACUGGCUGAGGCUGAUGCUAAGGAGAAGGACAAAGAACUGGUUGAGGCUCUGAAGAGAUUAAAAGAUUAUGAAUCUGGAGUAUAUGGCUUAGAAGAUGCUGUUAUUGAAAUAAAGAAUUGUAAAGCCCAAAUUAAAAUAAGAGAUGGAGAGAUUGAGGUGUUGACCAAGGAAAUCAAUAAGCUUGAGAUGAAGAUCAAUGAUGUCCUUGAUGAAAACGAAGCUCUUAGAGAGCGGGCUGGCCUUGAACCCAAGACAACGAUUGAUUUGACUGAGUUUAGAAACAGUAAACGCUUAAAGCAGCAGCAGUACAGAGCUGAAAACCAGAUUCUUCUGAAAGAGAUCGAAAGUCUAGAGGAAGAACGUCUCGACUUGAAAAGAAAAAUUCGUCAAAUGGCUCAAGAAAGAGGCAAAAGGAGUGCAGAAUCAGGAUUAACCAUUGAUGACCUGAACCUAUCUGAAACUUUUUCUCAUGAAAAUAAAAUAGAAAGAAAACUAAAUUUUAUGAGCCUCAAUAAUAUGAAUGAAACACAAUCAAAGAUUAAGAGUUCAGCUAAAACAGAGCUGCUGCAUAGGAGACCAUCAUUCAGUGUUCUGCAGUCAGAUCAAAGUGAGACAGAGGAGAAUAUGGCCACACGAUCAUUAUCGAGGAUGCUGUCUGGAAUUCAUCAUAGUGUAGACAGUGCAGUGGAUCCUAUUGUCUCUUUAACUAGAUGUUCCUCAUUUAUGCAAGUGAAAGACAGCAGUACAACUCCAGAAGCUCUAACAAUAAGGGAGAUUUUUAAAGCACCAUGUCUACGAUCUUUGAGAAACCUAGAAUCGUUAGUCAGUACAUUCAGUAAGGACAGCAAUGAAGAACUAAGUGAAUACUUACACUCUCUCUCUGAUGACCGUAUGAGGAGAGGGUCAGGAAACCAUCGAGGUCUAGAGAAAACCACGUUCCUACAGAAGAGCAGUUCAUCUUUUCAAGCAUCAGCAGCAGCUUCAGAAUUAAUACAGAAAUUAUCACAUAGGCAGAGCUCUGCAGUAUUUUCUCAACAGUUGUAUGACCAUGAUGGGGAUAAAGUAACAUCAGAAGAUAACCAGGUCUAUUCUCAAGUAAAGUAUGCCGAUCUCAGUUUGAAAGACGAGAAAAGACAAAGUGAAUCACCCUCACAAACUGAGAUGUUGAGAAGUAAGAUCCAAGUUAAUCUUUCAGAUCUUGUGCCCAUUACUGCACAAUCCAAACCAUCUCUGAUACAUCCCCUUGAAAAUCUUAUAGGGCAGCUACAGAGAGAGCUAGUAUUCCUUAGAUCUCAGAAUGAAAUCAUAGCUCAGGAUUUAUCGAUCCAAGAAGAGCAGAAUAGAAAUGCAGAAUUAGAACUUGACCAUCAGAGAAGCCAGGCAGAACAGAAUGAGUUUCUUUCAAGAGAAUUGAUUGAAAAGGAAAAAGAUUUAGAAAGAAGUAGGACAGUAAUUGCUAAAUUUCAGAAUAAAUUAAAAGAAUUAGUUGAAGAAAAUAAGCAACUUGAAGAAGGUAUGAAAGAAAUUUUGCAAGCUAUUAAGGACAUGCCGAAGGAUUCUGAUGUGAAAGGAGGUGAAACAUCUUUAAUCAUCCCAAGUCUUGAAAGACUGGUUAACGCUAUGGAAUCAAAGAAUGCAGAAGGAAUCUUCGAUGCCAGUUUGCAUCUGAAAGCCCAAGUUGAUCAGCUUACAGGAAGGAAUGAAGAAUUAAGGCAAGAACUCAGGGAAUCUCGGAAAGAGGCUGUAAAUUAUUCACAGCAGUUGGUAAAAGCAAACUUAAAGAUUGAUCAUCUUGAGAAAGAAACUGACCUCCUGCGACAAUCUGCAGGCUCCAAUGUAGUUUACAAAGGUAUAGACUUACCCGAUGGGGUAGCACCAUCCAGUGCCUAUAUCAUCAAUUCUCAGAAUGAGUAUUUAAUACAUCUUUUGCAGGAACUAGACAAUAAGGAAAAGAAAUUAAAGCAUUUAGAAGAUUCUCUUGAAGAUUAUAACAGAAAAUUUGCAGUGAUUCGUCACCAACAAAGUUUAUUAUAUAAAGAAUAUCUCAGUGAAAAAGAUAUUUGGAAAACAGACACUGAGAUGAUAAAAGAGGAAAAGAGAAAACUGGAGGAUCAAGCUCAGCAGGAUGCUGUGCGAGUAAAAGAGUAUAAUAAUUUGCUCAAUGCUCUUCAGAUGGAUUCGAAUGAAAUGAAGAAAGUGCUCUCAGAAAACAGUAGGAAAAUCACUGUUUUGCAAGUGAAUGAAAAGUCCCUCAUUCGGCAGUAUACAACCUUAGUGGAAAUGGAACGGCGUCUUAGAAAGGAAAACGGGAAACACAAAAAUGACGUCAUAUCCAUGGAAGCUGAAGUUACUGAAAAAAUUGGAAGUUUGCAAAGAUUCAAGGAAAUGGCCACCUUCAAGAUAGCAGCUCUUCAGAAAGUUGUGGAUAAUAGUGUUUCUUUGUCUGAACUAGAACUAGCUAAUAAGCAGUACAAUGAACUGACUACUAAGUACAGGGACAUCUUGCAGAAAGAUAAUAUGCUUGUUCAAAGAACAAGUAACUUAGAACACCUAGAGUGUGAAAAUGCAUCUCUAAAAGAACAGAUGGAGGCUAUCAGUAAAGAGCUGGAGAUUACAAAGGAAAAACUCCAUACCAUUGAACAAGCCUGGGAACAAGAAAUGAAAUUAGGAAAUGACUCAAACAUGGAUAAGGCAAAGAAAUCAAUGACAAAUAGUGACAUUGUUUCUAUUUCAAAAAAAAUCACUGUGUUGGAAAUGAAGGAAUUAAAUGAAAGGCAGAGGGCUGAACACUGUCAGAAAAUGUAUGAGCACUUAAGAACUUCAUUAAAGCAAAUGGAAGAACGUAAUUUUGAAUUGGAAACCAAGUUCACUGAGCUUACCAAAAUCAACCUGGAUGCACAAAAGGUGGAGCAGAUGUUGAGAGACGAAUUAGCUGAUAGUGUGAACAAGGCAGUAAGCGAUGCUGACCGACAGCGGAUCUUAGAGUUAGAGAAGAGUGAAAUGGAGCUCAAAGUUGAAGUGUCCAAACUGAGAGAGAUUUCUGAUAUUGCCAAAAGACAAGUUGAUUUUUUGAAUUCGCAACAACACUCCAGGGAAAAGGAAGUGGAAUCCCUCAGAAUGCAGCUGCUGGACUUCCAGGCACAAUCUGAUGAAAAGGCGCUAAUUGCCAAGUUACAUCAACAUGUUGUCUCUCUUCAAAUUAGUGAGGCCACUGCUCUUGGUAAGUUAGAGUCAGUUAUAUCCAAACUCCACAAGAUGGAAGCCUACAAUUUGCGCCUAGAACAGAAAUUGGAUGAGAAAGAGCAAGCUCUCUACUAUGCUCGUUUGGAAGGCAGAAACAGAGCAAAACACCUGCGCCAAACCAUUCAGUCUCUAAGAAGACAGUUCAGUGGCGCUUUACCCUUGGCUCAGCAGGAAAAGUUCUCCAAAACGAUGAUUCAGUUGCAAAAUGAUAAACUUAAGAUAAUGCAAGAAAUGAAGAAUUCUCAACAAGAACACAGAAAUAUGGAAAACAAAACUUUGGAGAUGGAAUUAAAAUUAAAAGGUUUAGAAGAAUUGAUAAGUACUUUAAAGGAUGCCAGGGGAGCCCAGAAGGUAAUCAAUUGGCAUGUGAAAAUAGAAGAACUUCGCCUUCAAGAACUUAAGCUAAAUAGAGAGCUAGUCAAGGGUAAAGAAGAAAUCAAAUAUUUGAAUAAUAUUAUCUCUGAAUAUGAGCAUACAAUCAACAGCCUAGAGGAAGAAAUUGUUCAGCAGAACAAGUUUCAUGAAGAAAGACAAAUGGCUUGGGAUCAAAGAGAAGUUGAGCUGGAACGCCAGUUAGACAUUUUUGAUCGUCAGCAAAAUGAAAUACUCAGUGCAGCACAAAAGUUUGAAGAUACUACAGGAUCAAUGCCAGACCCCAGCUUGCCCCUUCCAAACCAACUUGAAAUUGCUCUAAGAAAAAUUAAGGAGAAUGUUCAAGUAAUUCUUAAAACACAAGCAACUUGCAAGUCACUAGAAGAGAAACUAAAAGAAAAAGAAUCUGCCUUACGGUUGGCAGAGCAAAAUAUUUUGUCAAGAGACAAAGUAAUCAAUGAACUGAGGCUUCGAUUGCCUGCCACAGCUGAUCGAGAAAAACUUAUAGCUGAGCUAGACAGAAAAGAGCUGGAACCAAAAUCUCAUCACACAAUGAAAGUUGCCCAUCAAACCAUUGCCAACAUGCAGGCCAGGUUAAAUCACAAGGAAGAAGUGGUGAAGAAGUACCAGCAUCUCCUGGAGAAAGCCAGAGAGGAACAAAGAGAAAUUGUUAAGAAACAUGAAGAAGACCUUCAUGUUCUUCAUCACAAAUUAGAACAACAGGCUGAUAAUUCACUCAAUAAAUUCAAACAGACAGCUCAGGAUUUAAUUAAGCAGUCUUCUGCUCCAGUACCCACCAACAAGCAUUUCAUUCGUCUGGCUGAGAUGGAACAGACAGUAGCAGAGCAAGAUGACUCUCUGUCCUCACUUUUGACAAAACUAAAGAAAGUAUCAAAAGAUUUGGAAAGACAAAAAGAAAUCACUGAGUUAAAAGUCAGAGAGUUUGAAAAUACCAAAUUACGGCUCCAAGAAACUCAUGCUAAUGAGGUAAAGAAAGUGAAAGCAGAGGUAGAGGACUUAAGGUGUGCUCUAGCCCAAGCACAGAAGGACUCCCAGAGUUUAAAGUCUGAACUCCAGGCUCAGAAAGAAGCAAACUCCAGAGCUCCAACAACCACCAUGAGGAAUCUAGUAGACAGGCUAAAGAGCCAACUAGCCUUGAAAGAGAAGCAACAAAAGGCACUUAGUCGAGCCCUGUUGGAACUUCGGUCAGAAAUGACAGCAGCAGCUGAAGAACGUAUAAUUGCUGUAACUUCUCAAAAAGAGGCACAUAUCAAUGUUCAACAGGUUGUUGAGCGACAAACUAGACAGCUAAAGUCACAAAUUGAAGACUUAAAUGAAAAUCUUUUAAAAUUGAAAGAAGCUCUUAAAACAAGUAAAAACAAAGAAAAUGCACUAGCUGAUGACUUAAAUGAUUUAAAUAAUGAGCUGCAAAAAAAGCAAAAAGCUUAUAAUAAAAUCCUUAGAGAGAAAGAUGGAAUUGAUCAAGAAAAUGACGAGCUGAGAAGACAGAUUAAGAGACUGUCCAGUGGGCUGCAGAGCAAAACUUUGAUAGACAAUAAGCAAAGUUUAAUCGACGAACUUCAAAAGAAAGUUAAAAAACUUGAAAGCCAACUGGAAAGAAAGGUGGACGACAUAGAUGUAAAGCCUGUGAAGGAAAAGAGUAGUAAAGAAGAAUUAAUUAGGUGGGAAGAAGGUAAGAAAUGGCAAACCAAAGUAGAGGGAAUUCGCAACAGAUUAAAGGAGAAGGAGGGAGAAGUCCACAGUCUGGCAAAGCAGCUGAACACCUUAAAGGAACUUUUUGCCAAAGCUGAUAAAGAGAAACUUACUCUGCAGAAGAAACUGAAAACAACAGGAAUGACUGUUGACCAGGUUUUAGGAGUGCGAGCUUUGGAGUCAGAAAAAGAGUUGGAAGAACUAAAAAAGAGAAAUCUGGACUUAGAAAAUGAUAUAUUAUACAUGAGGACCCAUCAGGCUCUUCCACGAGAUUCUGUGGUGGAAGACUUACAUUUACAAAAUAGAUACCUUCAAGAAAAACUUCAUACUUUAGAAAAAAAGCUUUCAAAGGAUACAUAUUCUCAGUCUUUGACUUCAGAAAUAGAGUCAGAUGAUCAUUGUCAAAAAGAACAUGAACUUCAGAGGGAAAACUUGAAGUUGUCAUCUGAAAACAUUGAGCUAAAAUUUCAACUUGAACAAGCAAAUAAAGACUUGCCGAGACUAAAGAAUCAAGUAAAAGAUUUGAAGGAAAUGUGUGAAUUUCUUAAGAAAGGUAAAACGGAACUUGAACGGAAGCUUGGUCAGGUCAGAGGGUCUGGUAGAAGUGGGAAGACAAUCCCAGAACUAGAAAAAACAAUUGGGUUAAUGAAGAAAGUAGUUGAAAAAGUGCAAAGAGAAAAUGAACAACUGAAAAAGGCAUCAGGAUUAUUAACUAGUGAAAAAAUGGCUACUAUUGAGGAAGAAAAUGGAAAAUUAAAGGCGGAAUUAGAAAAGCUUAAAGCUCACUUUGGACGUCAGUUGAGUAUGCAGUUUGAAUCCAAGAGCAAAGGUACUGAGAAAAUUGUGGCCGAAAAUGAACGGCUUCGGAAAGAGCUUAAGAAAGAAAUGGAAGCUUCUGAGAAACUGCGGAUAGCUAAGAACAACUUAGAACUAGUGAAUGACAAGAUGGCAACUCAACUGGAAGAGACUGGGAAGAGAUUACAGUUUGCAGAAAGUAGAGGCCCACAGCUGGAAGGUGCUGACAGCAAGAGCUGGAAGUCAAUUGUGGUUUCAAGAAUGUAUGAGACCAAGAUGAAAGAGCUCGAAAGUGACAUUGCCAAAAAGAAUCAAAGUAUCACCGACCUUAAACAGCUUGUAAGAGAAGCAACAGAGAGAGAACAGAAAGCUAAAAAAUAUACUGAAGACCUUGAACAACAGAUUGAGAUCCUCAAAAAUGUUCCUGAAGGUGUUGAGACAGAGCAAGACCUUAUACGGGAACUCCAGCUUCUUAGAUUUGCCUAUAAUCAACUGGAUAAAGAAAAGGCAGAAUUAAUCCAUCAGAUAGAAAUUAACAAGGACCAAACCCGAGAUGAAAGUAGCACACCUGAUUCUGAUCAACUAAAGGAAAAGGUAAAUGACCUGGAGACACAACUCAGAAAGUCGGAGCAAGAAAAGCAAUAUUUGAAGGAGGAAAUUAAAAAGCUGAAAAAAGAACUGGAAAAUUUUGAUCCUUCAUUUUUUGAAGAAAUUGAAGACCUGAAGUACAAUUAUAAGGAAGAAGUGAAAAAGAAUAUCCUAUUAGAAGAGAAGUUAAAAAACCUGUCGGAACAAUUUGGGUUUGAACUGCCGAGCCCUCUUGCUGCUUCUGAACAGCCGGAAGAUGGAGAAAGUCCAAAUAGUUUCCCUAUUUAUUAAUGGCCUCAUUUACUAUAGAUUUAAAACUUUUAUGAGUUAAAAAUUUUAAGCUGGAAAUCAAGCAGUCUCUGAACUACAGAAUUUACAUCUCAAAAUAUUGUAUUUUUUUGCUUAAAAAUAAAAUCAUAUUUAGUUUUAACUUCUUAGAAAAGUAUAUUUUUGAAGACUUCAAUAAUUUAUGACUAUACAGUAUACAGUGAGCUAUGAUAAAUAUUCCUAUUUUCAUAAUAUCUUAAAUUUUUGAAAAGCAUAAAGGUAAGCUUAUAAUAAUUUUACUAUUUAAAGUUGAUUAAUUUAUACUUAUUUUUAUGUUAAGAUAUUCAAAUCCUAAUGAUGAUUUCUAUAAAUACCUAGAAACAUGUUUAGAAGUUGACAUAAGUUUUGCCAAACAGCUAGCAAAAUUAAAUUGAAGGUUUUAACCUCUGUAAACAUGGCAAACUGUUCAAUAUUAGAAAAUCAAAAUAACCACAACUAUUAUUUCCACUUUAUACAUCAAGUAUUAUGUCUUUGAGCCUAUCAAAUUUCUGUUUAUCUAUUUUCAAAAAAUGAUUAAACAAAGACUGGUUAUCAAAAGCACAGUCAUAUGUGUUCAGGUUCAUGUUAAUAAUAACUGGUUUGGAAUUCAUGUAAGUAUCUGCAAGUGGCCAGCAUAAACCAAGAUGGUGGCGGUGGACCUGUAAGGAAAAAAAAUGAUAGUAUUAGCUUUAGUCUGUAAAGAACAUCAUAACUUACUUGUAAAUACUUAUCUCUGGUGUCUGCUACCUGCCAGGUACAAUGGAAGGGUCCACCUUUUCUUAGUUUAAUUGAAUGCCAUAGCUGUUCUUUUGACAUAGUCCUGCCUGUCUUCGCCAUCUGAAUAUGAGCUUCCUGAAGGCAGAGCAGUUGUUUUGUUAACCCUGCCAAUACCUGAAAAAUGCCAGGAGCUGCUCCUUAAAAUUUUAAUGAAUAUUGUCUGUUGGUGACUACAGAAAAAAAGAAAAGAGUGAGCCAGACACUAGUGUCACCAAAGGAAUGUUAGUCUGUGAUCCCAGACUACCCUGUUAGUUAGGACAUUGCUGGACAGCUAUUUCCUCCACAUGAAAACAUGCCCACUAGAUGCCCUCUGGACUUCACAUGUCUCAGGAAGGUCCCUAAAACUCAAUUCCCAAAACUUUCUGCAAGGUUAUGAUUGCUGGAGAGAAGAUUCUCCUCCCACUAAAGGAGCUGGGAGCCACCUGCAGAAUGUGCAGGGAGUCCCCAGGAUGCUGUUUUGUGAGUCAUCACUCAAGCUGGCAGGGGGUGUGUGUGGGGGGGGGCUUCUUACUGAUGCUGCAGCCUUUGGGUCUACCAUACUCUUUGUAAGCAGCUCCUUACCCAUAUUCCUGUAAGUAACCCCAAUAAAGCCCCUGGU